AGUCCAGCGCCCCCCUCCGACGGUCGGCCGCCGACGACUGAGACGCGCCGCAUUACGAACCCGAAUACAUAAACGACGACACUCUCUUAUUACCGUCUCAGUCGCAAACCGCCAGGCAUAAACGACGAGUCCACCACAAGUCAAACAAAACCGCCACCAUGUUUGCGCUCAGGCGGACAAUGGCCACCAUGGCCGCGCAGGGGAGCAGCUCGCCGUUCAAGCAGGCGGGCAAGGUCGUCUGCAUCGGGCGCAACUACGCAGACCACAUCGCGGAGCUCAAGAACAUGAAGCCCAAGCAGCCCUUCUUCUUCCUCAAGCCCACGUCGUCGAUCCUGCUUCCCGGCGAGGGGCCCUGCCUGCGGCCCAAGGGCGUGGACAUGCACUACGAGGUCGAGCUGGCGCUCGUCAUGGGCAAGAUGGUGAGGGACCUGCGCGCCGACGACACGCAGGGCGCGCUCGAUGCGAUCAAGGAAUACGCCGUGGCCAUCGACAUGACGGCGCGCAACGCGCAAAACGAGGCCAAGCGCAAGGGCCUCCCCUGGGACAUCGCCAAGGGCUUCGACACGUUCCUGCCGCUGAGCGGCGCGAUCCCCAAGGCGGCCAUCGCGGACCCGCACGACGUGGAGCUCUUCCUCGAGGUCAACGGCGCGGAGCGGCAGCGCGGGUCCACGGGGCUCAUGAUCUACCGCAUCCCGCGCGUGCUGAGCGACAUCUCCAAGGUCAUGACGCUGCACCCCGGCGACAUUGUGCUGACGGGCACGCCCGCCGGCGUCGGGCCCGUGGCGCCCGGCGACGUGAUGCGCGCGGGCGUGCGCGUGCGGGGGCGCGAGCUCGACGAGGGCAGGCUGGAGGUGAGGGUCGAGGAAUCGCAGUCGUCGUACGUGUUUGCCGAGACGUAGCGGUGACGUGUAGGAGGACGGGGCGUGUGUGUGUGUGUGUGUGUGUGUGAAAGAGAGAGAGGGGAGAGAAACGGCACGAAUAUAUGGAGAUGUGAAUUACGCACGGCACAUAGAGUACUUUGUACAUGCAUAAGAGUCAAAGUCCCAAGUCAUGAC